AUGUCCGCCUGCAGCACCUUCACAGAGCACGUGUGGAAGCCAGGCGAGUGCAAGAACUGCUUUAAACCCAAAAGUCUGCACUGUCUGGCUCAAAGUAGUGGGAGGAAACCUCCCUCCGAACAGAGGCCUUCAACAACUCAGCAACAGAAUCCACCUCCUGCAGGGGCCAGGGCGAACCCGAACAACUCCCAGAGAGCCAGCAGUGGGACUGCAAGCUCAGGACACUUCCGUCCACCGGUGGCUAAGAAACCAACUAUUGCUGUUAAACCUACUAUGAUGUUGCCCUGCUCCUCUGCAGGACUGGAUUCAGAUGGGAACCCACAAAGACCACCAAAUGUGACAGAACAGGGCAAAACAUCAGCCUUUACGGUCUGGAAUCGUAAUGGACUGAACCGCAAGAGGCCAGGGGAGCCAAGCAACAACAAUGAAGGAGAGGAUGUCAGCGAAGAGAUUGAAGGGUAUGGGCAACUCAGCCCCAGGACCCCUACUGGAAACAACAACAGCAGUGGACUGACAGAUGUUCUGAAAGAAAUAGCUGGGUUAGGCCCUGGUCUUAGCCCCACACCCCUUACUGGUUCAAAGGACUUGUUCUGGGGACGAAUAAGUAGUUCAUACCGUCGAUCCUUGGAAAGAGGCCUUCCGGCAUCAAGCUGUCUGGCAAUGGGGAGUAGCAGCACCGGCAGUGGUGGCACAGCUCUAAAAAGGGUAUCUCUAAGCGAUAGCACAGAGAUCAUCAGCACAGAGGGUGGUCGCUUUUGCUACCCAGAGUUUUCCAGUGAGGGAGAAGAUGACGAGGAAGAUGAGGAAGAGGAGGAGGAGGACACUGAGAGGGAUGAUGAUGAUGAACAUGAGAGCUGGGAUGAAAGUGAUGAAGAGUUACUUGCUAUGGAGAUUCGUAUGCGUGGCCAACCACGAUUUGCAAACUUUCGUGCUGCUACAUUGUCUCCUGUUCCAUUUGCUGCAGGAAAAAAGUGGAACACUGUCCCACUGAGGAACCGCUCGCUACAGCGGAUUUGUGCAGUGGACUAUGAUGAUAGUUAUGAUGAGAUCCUAAACGGAUACCCCUCCAUGGGCUCCAACGGUGCUCUUCUUCCCUACGGUACUCAUGAUAUGCAAGGCAGUGGUUUCAUAUCAAACUCAGAGUCUACAACUUCUCCAGAUUCGUCGUCAUCUCUUCCCGAAGAUUCCCGAACCACUUCCAGCAGUGGAAGCAGUGCCCCUUGUGUUCUCAGAAAUGGCUUGCACUCACCGACAGCCAAGACACAGAUACCCUGCACUUCACCUAAAAAGGAGCCUGUCCACAGAGCACUGAGUCCACUCAAGGUGACGGAAACGCACAAGGCUGUCCUUGCCAUCAGAUUAGAGGAGCAAGAUGGCAGGGAAGGAAUGCCGAUGCCCCAGGCUCUCCCAGGUCAGCCAGUCACAAUCAGUUUUAGUCCCACAGAGGAACAAGCCAAACCCUAUCGAGUGGUCAAUUUAGAAAAGUCACUGAUCUGUAAGCCAUACACUGUUGUGGACGUAUCCGCUUCUAUGACCAACAAAGAUGAACCAACUUCAGACGCUACUGCAAAGCCCAAAAACCUGUCGAUGCCCUCUAGCCCUACAUCAAUCUGUAGCACCCCUUCAGGUCAACCCCUGUCCCCAACCACCCCUGCGUCUCCAGCUGCCUCAGUAAUGCCAACUUCACCCACAUCUGCAGCUCUUCCGGGUCCCACUCGGAAAAAACCAGGAAGCAUAAGGUACCAGGAAGUGUGGACGUCAAGCACAAGUCCUCGCCAAAAGAUACCCAAAGUAGAGCUGGGGGCUGGGGGUAAUUCUGGCUCUUCCUUCCCUUCUCAACACUGCAGCCACAAGUCAGCUCCCACUUCUCCCAUUGCUGGGCUGUCUUCCUCUCGAACUGUACCUGUAAAAUCCCCCAACUUAUCUGAAAUCAAGUUCAACAGUUUCAAUAACGCAGGUAUGCCUCCUUUUCCUAUCAUCAUCCGAGAUGAGCCAGCUUACGCUAGGAGCUCAAAAAAUGCCGUUAAAGUACCUAUUGUUAUCAAUCCAAGUGCAUAUGACAACCUAGCUGUGUACAAGAGCUUCUUGGGAGUCAGUGGGGAGCUGCCACAGCCAAAAGGUGUGGGUAGUAGGGCAACCAGCCAUACUUAUGAAGAGAUUGGAUCCUCUGAAAGUGUUCAAUCCUCCACAACAGAGAAAAGUGUCUCUGGUAAAGGCACAUCAGAGAGACCCUCUUUAGCAGAGACAAAAGCUUCACCUGAGGCAGUGUCGAAAGCUCCAACUUUACAGCCUAAAACCACUACAGACUCAAGCACUGUGACAAGCACUGUGAUGAGCUCCACAGUCGGGGCUCUCUCGCCUACUGCAUCAACAAACUCCCCUGCCAUUGCUGCAAAUCUCCCUAAAACCAGCUCCACCACUAAUUCUGUUACACGCACUUGCAAGACAAGUGAGGAUCCUUGCAGUAAUGAUAGCACAGAUUUAGCAUUGUCUUCUGGGACAGUGGGGAGCCACAGAGAGGAGGCCAGUGCUGUGCUUUUACAAAUUGUCGCCUCUAUCCAGCCUCCCCAUUCUCCUCCAGAUACACCUUCAGCGCAAGCUAAAACCCUCAGCUCCGAGGAGCUGUAUUCUCUCCCACCUGAUGCUAUGAAGGAGACCCUGACGAGACCCAAAUCUCUUUUUUCUGCAACUGAUGGCUGUCUUUCGAAGCCCAAGAAGGAUACACCUUCUAAAGUUUUGUCUAAAUCCCAGAGCGCCUCUGCUGCUGUCCCACUUUCCAGCCCCCGUUCGGAGCCCAGUGCCCCCUUCCCCCCUCCAAGAUCAACGUCCUCCCCUUACCAUGCUACCAAUAUCCUCCAGAGACAUUUUGGCAACUGGACCAAGAGUUCUGCCUCCAGUUCUCCCUCAAGACCGACUGAGGGCGAAACAAGUCCAAGUGGAGAGGGGAGACGCAUUUCAGCAGAUAGCGCUAAACCUAAACGCUGGAUCUCCUUUAAGAGCUUUUUUCGCAGACGGAAAGACGAGGAUGAGCAGAAAGAGAGGGCGGAGAGAGAGAAGGAGAAAGGCAAGCUUGUUGGGAUUGAUGGAACAGUCAUUCACAUUCUCCCACCGCCACCAGUUCAACAUCAUAACUGGUUUACUGAGGCCAAACCAGAGGAUCCCACCCAGAAACCAACCAUCAUCUUCACCUACAAACCAGAGAGCAGCAGUUCUCCUGGAGAAGGAGAACUACGAGUAGAAGAGUGCAAAGACGGCGCAGCUGAUGAGAGCAAGGAGACCGGACCUUCAAGCCCAGGGCAGACACCGGCCUCACACACCACAGGAUGUGACAUCAUCGGCAAGGAUAUCAGGUAUUUAUUUGAUUUGCAUAUUUCAAACUUUAUCUAAUAUAGUAUGGAAUAUAAACACACAUACAACUCAUGUAUAUCUCAGUCUGCUCCCUCGAUUAUCUAUAUUUUUACUCUCUUACUGUCUCAAACUUCUUUAUUCAAGUAAUCAGAAGUUUGACAUUGGAGUCAAUCUGUCUAUCAGAGAAAGAGAAAAGAAACCAGAAAGAAAAUAAGACCUUUUUCUUGGUGAACUCAAUGGUUGCUCAUGUAUUUUCCAUCCGAUUGCAAACGGAGUGAGAGCCAGCUUCUCUUUAUUCAUGAGGAUUAAUGAGGAUCAAAGAUGAUGAGAUGGAGGACCUGUGGGAUUGCAGCUCUUUAACACAAAUGCAUUUAUUCUGCCACUUCAGUCCUGGAGUGUCUCAGACCUACAAUGAGAAGCUGUACGAAAGAAUUUUUAACAUAUGAUUGUUAAUUCAAGCACCAAAAUUUGAAUAUGCCUUUGUCUUGGAAGCUUUAAGUUGGAUUUCUAAUGUUCUAUCAAAGUUUGCACAGUCCUCCUAAAUCCUCUCUUGCAGGUCUAAUGAAUAAUUUUGCAUGCAGCGCUGCCCUGUACCAUUAUCCACAAGCAUUCCCUUCAGAGCAUUCAUGCGACCUAGCUUUAAAUUAGGAUUCUCAAACCUUUGUCUGCUGCUGCUCCUCCAAAGCACCAGGGGUACUUCUCCACCUAUCACACAUAUUUCUCAUCACAUAUUCCAGAGGUGUUUGAUCUCAAUUUGCCAUGUCUGCUCGCACACUCGCCCAGCCAGCGAGGGUGGGUUGUACAGUAUAUGUGGCAUCCUUGCUAAUGUCAUCUAUUACCUGAACAGCAGGCUCUCUCUCAGCUGUCCUCUUUUUAGACAGGGACUCCAGUGUGUUAAUAGUCACCCAACAACAGUUCAACCAACCUUUACUUCAUUAAUCACAGCUGGCAUAUCACUUUAGCCUCUCAAGUUGCAUCCCCACUAUCAAACACACACAUUUAUUAUAAUCAAUCUACUUUUUUUUUUUGUCUUUGACCUGCUUUGUAAUAAGGUUCCUGCAGUGGGACUGACAGUGCCACAUAAAGAUAACCCAGAUGUGCCUGAUAUGCAGUGUUUUCUGCAUCAAAUCAUGAGUUUGCAAGUGCAGAGUAAGGCUGUUUUUUUCUAUGAAGUGGAGUUCAGCAGAAGCAGAAGUGCUCAAAGAUAAUAAUCAGUCAGGUGGACGGUAGUCAAACAAAGGCUUAUUUAUCAGGAUAGCUUCAACUGGAAGUGCUGCUUCGUAACUUCUUUUGAAUGAUAUCAGCUGAAUUGACUCCUGUUACUUUUAGUGAUAGUUUGUCUGUAUGUAACACCUAUGCAACAACGUAAUGGAAACCAACCUCUCAAUAUAGACCCUGUGGAGCUCAUAGAUAUAACGUAGAUAUACUCUCAAUGACAUUGUUUACUAUUUUUUGGUGUUAAGAAGUCCCUAGAUGGCUAUUUUUGUGGCUAAGCAAGAAAUCAACAAUGUGGUGGAGUCAGGCCAUAAACGUCAGUUAAACCAAUUCUACACCUGAUUAUGAUUAAUUACACAUUAGAUAUGUAACGAUGUUGUCAUUUUCACAAUAUCACAAGGACAAAAAUAACUUUGUACUGCCAUGAACCUCUGACACUGAUAGACUAUGGGGAGAAAGUGUGGUAUUGUUUAAGCCUCAAUGAAGUAGAGUGGAGGGGAAGGGGACCUAAAGAGACAAUUGUCAUUAAAUCUGACGGUUUAGAAGUUAAGUUUCCUUGUGUGAAGAAAUGAGGAAGAAAUAAAGUUUAGGGACUGACAAUAACAAUGUGCUGGCACUGUUGGGCUUCAACAAUUUAGAUGAAAUAUAAGUAAUAUGAAAUACCACUUAUUUUAGAUGUAGGUAUGAAAGAAUGCAGCCAGGCCUACGGACUUGAAAGGGAAGUGUUUAUAGCCCUAAUCCCUGUUUUUUCCACAUCUUUAUCAUGUUAUUUUUUAAUAUUUUGGCUUCCACUCUGCCCCUGUCUGUUCCUUCUCAUCUCUCAUAAUAUUCCUUCCACCCUUAUUUCAUUCACAUCCUCUAGUUUGUUUAAAGAUUUUGGCUCUCUACAUCACACCCUCUUUUUCAGGUAAAUUUGGCUCUUCCUUCUGUCUUUCCUUCCCUCACAUUUCUCUCCAUUUGAGCCUUGAGCACUGUGAAUUCUUGUAUUUUUCUCUCCUCCAUCCUGUCAGGAGCUUGGCCCCAUUCUGUCUCUUUUCUAAUUUCACUGCUUCUUCUCACCUCUUCAAGCUUCAGCUCGAGUCAUCUUUUCUUUCUCUUCACAAGUUUUCAGUUUCUCCUCUUCCUUAAUUACAAAAGAAAUGAGAACCAAGUACUCUGUAGUUUUUGAGUCUUUAUUAUGUGGUCCAGUUAAUGCCAGGCUAAAAUGGAGUAUAUAUUUGAGAAUGUUUCAUAGAGGCCCCAGUUUGUUGUUUGAUAGUCUGGUGAUAAAAUAUACAGGUCAUUAGUCUGAGCAAAGCUGGUGUUCCCACCUAAUGAACAAAGAGGAUGAUGGAUUUCUCUAUGAAGAACAAUGAAGCCUGUGCUUCCUCCGUGUCCUCUACACUUAACAGAUUAUGCUGCAACUAACGACACUGUAGCUUUUUUGUCCUGAUAAAAGCAAACGUAAGAGUCUAGAGCUGGAGUUACCAAUAAAGAUCAAGUAAAACAGUAUUCCUCAUACUUGAUGUGUCAGCUAUUUCUCGUGAGCAAUGAACAUAAGGAUAAACAUCUGGCUCAUUAUGGAAAUACUGAACAGCUGUUAUCUUUAGUUUUAUAACCCAAAAAUAUUGAUGUUUUAAUUUGUUCCCAAGAAACAUCCCUCAUAAUAGCUGAAGCAGUUACAGAAGUUAACUUUUGGAGUAUUUUGACGUAUUCAUAUAGAAAUCGAAAUCAUAGUCUGCCUUCUCAAACAUUUUUAUGACCCUUCUGUUUACAGCAUUCACUGUGAACUUGUAAAUGAGUAACUACAUUAUAAUCGCUGUGUGUUGGCCGCAGCUUACAGUGUUACUCCACAGUCUACGUGAUGCUUAGCUACAGGAAUUGGAAUGUGGUCUUGGGUUAUAACAAAACUAGCUAGUUCCCUCCCGUGGUGCCUGAGUUAUCUUUAACAAAUUUAUUGCAUUUGUAUUUUUUUUAUAACCGGUUGCUUAACUAAGCUGCUGUUGCUGACAGAUGACUUAUAUGUUACAAAUACCCCCAAAAAAUCUGGACGCUCCAUGUGCAAACAGACUAACAGGUAAUUGGUCAUUCAGGCUGGUGUGGUUUGUUUUCAUUGGCAGAUGAAGGGUUAACUCUGCAGACCUUUUUUUCUGACUGAAGCCAUUUUAUUGGCUAACAGAGGGCGUGUACUCCAACUCUGGCAAACACACAUUACCUGAGACAGGUAAGGACGUUUAAAGAGAGAGACGAGGAAGGAACUUCUGCAGAGAAAGGCUUUUUUUCUUCACAGCUGACAUGCCUGUAAUUUCUCCUCUACCCAGAAUGUGAAUCUAUCGUAAUUUUAUAUCCAAGCUUUCCAGAUGGGAAGCUGUGUGAGCCAGUACAGUGGGUAAGAACUUGAACCUUUUUUCUUCCACUUGCUUCUGUGUAAUCUGUGACUUCCAGGCCAUUUGAAGACUUACAGUUGUUAGAGAAGAGUCUUUGAAAUGUGGUGGGUUGAGUUUUCUUUACCAAAGCGUGUUCAUUUCAUGCAGCAGAGGUUUGAGGUGAGAUGCACUUGGGCAGAUCAUUGCUGUUCAAACAAGUCAGGUCCUGACAUUGAAGCGUGUAGCAGCCAUAAAGGUAUUUAUUGUGUCAAGGGCCUCUCAAGGAGUGUAUGAACAUUGGAUGUUUUGUUCAUGCAGGAUUAAGUGCCGGAGAUAAUCUUCUUUUUGACUGUGUGCCAUUUUGGGUGAGCUUUGGCUGGCAUUUAAGUACUCAAAGUUUGGUUUUGUAAGGGAUUGUUGUUUUUACUGUUGUGGGGGAUAAAGUGCAGUACUUCUAGGUAGCAGAAACCAGAACUGUAAAGUGACAUAUGUUCACAUGGAGAGAAAACAGGGAAGAGAAGAAGAGGAAACGGAGUUAAAUUACACUAGUUGGACUUUGAACAUUAAUAUUUUGAAGCUGUAUUUAAAAACACUUUACCGUGUGUUGUGUAAGGGUGCAGUUUUGCUUUGGAACAACAAUGGUCCUUUUUUAUCAACUUUCAACUACCAGCAAGUACUAAAGUAAUGCACUGUGGCAGCUCAGAGUCUAUUGAUCAGCUGGCUGUUAAAGAGACACAGAGGGCUUUCGCUCCAUGAAGACAGAUCAUAAACACAUCAGAUCAGAUGCUCGGCUCAGACGCAGUGCCCCGGGGGUAGAGACAGACACAUGAGCAGCUCUGUGUUAUCUUCCAUUGCUUGUUAUUCUACCAUGUCGUGAGAACAAUAUGGCAGUACCCUGUGUGCUCCUCAGAAAAACAUUACACCUAUUGUAGAUACUCACUGACAAGUGUUAGUGCAUUAACAGCGGGGGCAAAAAGAGUGGUUAUAGAUCAGUAUCAUGGCUAUACUAACUUCAGUCUUGUGCUUUUUCUAUGAAUACAAUUUGACUGAUAAAUGUGCUACAAGCUUUAAACAAUCAGUCAAAGAAAGACCUCUUUAAUUAGUCAAACUCUGCUCUUUCAUGACUGGGACUACCAAUGAUCAUAUGGUUUGUCAUACCAGCGACAGGUUUAGUCACAAUUCCUGUUAGAAGUGACACAUCUGAUAUCUGGAUAUUACAAACAAGACUGUCUCUGUGAACUCUUUGUGACCUUUUUUUUUUUGUGACAAAAAUUUAUAGAAGUCCACAAAAUUAUCAAUGCCACAAUGGUAAACAUACUAUAGCCAACCACAAGCUGUUUUGCUGUACAAUGGGAGUCAAAGUCUACUGCAAUUUCAAAUGUCACCUAACCUGGGUGGUCACAGCCCAGGUGGUCUGAGGUUGAACUGUCUCACACAGGUCACAUUGUAAGACCAAGGCUGAGCUCUUAUCUGAUAAAAGGUCGGUCAGGGGAUCACUUUGAGGAUCUUAUUUACUGUGAUGACGAGAGGAGAGUGAUGUCAGGGGACUCCUCAUUAAACCUCGGCAUAAGAGAGUUAGAAACAGAGAGUUAAAUAGCAUUGUGCCAAAACUCUAAGAACCCAGAAAUAGUUAGAAUAUUGUGUUUUGCUACCAUCAGAAACUUGCUAUGUGACAUUAAAAACACAGCACCAGUCAUACUGUUGAAAAGCAUCCUAACUCAGUAUUCUGGUAGUGCCACAGUUGGGGUUCAGACAUGCUCCAGAUAUGGUAUUUUACAAUCCUGUGGUCUGUAAGUUUCAUCAAGUCUAUAAUGUCUCUGCAAAAGCCUCUCCCGUCUCUGAGGUGUUUUGCACAGUGAGAUCUUUAUUUCAAAGUUUCAGUUCACUUAGAUUACAUGGAAAGACUGUUUAAACAAAAGCAAAGUGAAGUCCUUAUGUCUCUUGUGUUUGGUAUCUUUUGGUUGCUAACAGGCAUCUUUGACUUUAACUCACUCCAGGGUGUCCAUGUAUGCUUUAUUUUUCAGUAUGGACGUCUCUGUCAAUUGUUUGUGAUAAAGGGCUGUGUCAAAAUUUUACUUGAUAUCAUAGGCUCUUUCGGUUUUUAGCACCAAAUGUUUAAAGACGGUCAAAUAUUAGUUUGAAUUACAUGAGUCUGGUGUAAAUGUUACUGUAGCUUUUACUGUUAGCAUCCAGAAGUUUAAGAUAUUAUCACUCAUGAGUGAGAUUAAAUCUUUUUAGGAUUAUGUGAGAAAGCUUUUUGCCUCUACUGUUUUCCAAUGAAGUUCACCAGUUGUACAAAAGAAGUGUUUCUCCAUGGCUGGGACAUUCUCAGCCUCUGAUAAUGAGAAAGGUGAUGGACGUGUUAAAGUGAAUAUUUUGGAUCUGCAUUUAAAGAUUCACAAAGGUUUUUUUUUUCUUAAAUUGAUAGCAUUUCUUUCCUCCAGGUUGUUUUUACAAAUAUUUUAAACCUGUGUUAUUACUCUCUGGCAGUCUCCCUUUUCUUCCCAGCCUUUUGUUGGCACAUCACUGGCUCUACAAACACUUCUGUUGGGUCAGAAUCCUCACAUGGUAAUGCUAAAUACAAACUGGUUUGAAACCAUGUCAGCCAUGUCAGGAAGCAUUUAUUUUUGCUCUAUAUUGUAAUAAAAGUAAGAUGAAUUCAGACCCGUGGCCAAUUGUGGUCGUGUCACUUUCUUCGGAAGACGCAUAUGUGACAGACCGCCCGCACAGUUCCCCACAUCUCUGGCAGGACGGGCCACAGCGUAUGACAAGUCUCUUCAUAGCCUCCCUGGGGCUUUCACAGUGUGAUUGGAGUCACUGUCUGGAGUGUUAACACACCCUGAGUAACUGUUAAAUAUGACCCAGAUUUCUAGUGGCCACAACUCAUUUGUGCCAGUGUCGGUUCAUUAUGAGUUAGAAGACAUGUUGUAAUAAGGACCUUGAAUGUCUGAACAGCAGUGUUAGACAAACACAAAGCAGAACAAAUCAUUUAGAGGAGAAGCAGCGUUGUUUUUAUGCCACACCUCAUUGUACUCAUUUGUGAGGUGACAGUUGGCAUUCAUGUUGCAGAUUUAAGUUGUUUUGCUUCCAUCUGAUUUAAAAAGACUCCUUAUAAUCCCAGAGUGUAACCCUUAUAGCCUCUUACUUUGACAGAUUGUGCUUUGAGACAUCAUGUCACGUGCUAUUUUGACCUCCUCUGCCUUUUUCUUCCACCUUCCCUCCAGCAGUGGGUUUUGUAGUUUUAUUAGACACACAUCAGGCUUUAAAAACUUCCACUUCAAGCUGUGCUGGCUCUAGUCCAACACUUUUAGGGAAGACACUAGUGAUUCAAUGGAGGGAUUCAGAUUAAAAAAAGUAGAAAGGAGGGAGUCAAUGGAGGGAUACAGAUUGAAAUGAGAGGAGAGAAGUGAGUCAGUGAAGAGAUUCAGAUUGAAUUCAGACAACUGGCUCGAUAAGAUGAAAAUAUUAUGGUUCAUGUUUUGUCCUCUUCUUGUGGUAAUGGAUCUACAUCACAGUCAAAAUGAAUAAUGACGCAUUAAAGCUCUUUUCAUUAGCAGCUCCUUUAUCAUCUGCUGUUUCUACAAUGGGGCCCAUUUUCAGCUUCUCGCUCUACAUGUUUUCUAACCUUGACUUCCAAAAAAUUAAUGACUGACUAAAGGCAGUAAAAACAAAUAUUAAAAUGGUUUAUAGAAAAGCAAAAACAUACUUUUAAAAGUGCAUUUGUCUAUGGUUUCAUCAUUAAGCAUGCCACUCAUCUCUCUCUCUCUUCUCAUCUGCAGCCAGGUACCGGUCAGUGCUAGCAAUGCCAGGGACCGAGAGUUGCCCAGUGCUGCCUCCCUGCCUGCCAAAGUGAAUCUGGGGCUUGUGCUCGGGGAGGGGGAUGAACGACAUGCCAACCAGGGUACAACACCGGCCUCGGCCAGCGAGGGCAGCGCCAGCCUCGGAGAGCCAGAGGAGGAGGACGGGAAUAACUCCCAUCACUCCCACUCUACAGCCUCCAGCCAAUGCAGCGCCACGUACAGCAACCUGGGUAAGAGUCAUAAAAACAAGAGGAUUUCUUGCUCUGAUGUAUCCUUGUGUACUUUAACUUCAAGUGCCUCACAUUGAGCUUUAAACAUAUACCUGAAAUAUUACUUUAUCAUCCUGUGUAUGAAAGUAGUGACACCACAAAAUCUGCAGACUUUUAAUGACUUUCUCCUGGCUGUUGCCGACAAGAUAUCAGUUCAGUCUGGUAUUACUUGUGCAAUUCAAUUUUUUACAAAUUUUGUGUACUAGGGCUUUCAAAAAGUGUUUGAAAAAAUGGAAAUGGAUGAGACAAAAAUUUGUAAAUUGUAAUAAAAAAAUCAGUCCAAAGAUGGAAAAAUGCCCUGUUUGCUAAUAAUCAAAGAGGACAGGAUUAUCUAACAGCUAAUAUUAUUCUCCUCCGAAACAGCUCAUCUAUUAUUUAAUAAUAUAUUUUUAAUUUCACCACAUAGAAAUUAUAAAACUGUAUGAUACACUGAAUAAGUUCUCUAUCAAGUUUUCUGGCUGGAUAAAGUUGUUGGAGUUAAUAUGUUAUAAAAGGUAAGUUUUGCAUAAAUGUGUUACACUUCAUAAACAUGUCUUAAAGUCACUAUAAAUGGUACUUAUCACUUAUAAAGUUCGUUAUUAAGCAUGCGUAUAAGGCAUACAUUAAUAACGGUUAUAAUGCAGUUGGGGGGGGGGGUAAAACAUACUAGUAAAAAUACAAAAAGAGAUUUAAUUAUGGUUUAUUAUAGUAUCGUUUGUCUGCACAAAGGUUCUGUUCUGGGGUCAGUGCCAGAUUGACAGUAUUUCACUUCCUCUUUAAACGGCUGAUUUGACUUUUCCCCAGCAUCAACACGCCUUUUCAUGUGACAACAAGGUAUAAUUUAUUCCUCGCUAAAAACAGCUCGUGCUUCAAAUCUUGACACAUUCCGUCACCCUCAGCCUGCAACUUAGGAUCCAGAACAACUUAAUAACAUGUUAUUGCAGCACAAGUGCAAAGCUUUUCCUUAAGGUGGUAAGUUCUCUUAGUUGUGGAGCUGCUCCUGUCGCUGUCUGGCUGUGGCCAUUUCUCAUAAGGAAGUGAUUUUGUUAGACCUGCAGGAUUAUAUUGCGGGUGUCACACCGACAUAAAUCAACUGAUUAACCUUCUGUUUUCACCUGAAUUGUUUUCUUUUUUUUCUUUUGCCUCAUUUCCUUUGCAGUGUUGUGAAAACCAAUUUUAAUAUGUAGAUUUGCGAACAGGACCACGAUAACAAAAUCACAGGGACAUGCAGAGCAGUGCUGACCGCAGCACUCGAAGCUUUUAUCUUUUUAUUCUCUUUGACACUAAUUAUUACCCUGUCUGGAAACGGUCCUAAUGGUCUGAUGGUCUGAUGGUCUGACACCGCAUUGCUCAAGUCAAGUUUGGAAAGAAGAUCUGAGAGUCUCUCGGACCUCUUUUACAUGAAUUAUUCACUUUUAGGCUUGUGACCCAUUCUCACAAAACUCAACUGCAUAGAUGUGAUAGGAAAGGCUCCUUGGAGGGAACAAAAAAAACUUUUGUUUACCUGAGAUUUCCUGAGGUUUGUGAGUUUCUGUCCCUGUUAUCUGUUUCAUAAUAAACCUCACACGGGUAGAAGGUCAAGACUGAUAUUAAAAUAGCCUCAGAGAGAGAGAGAGAGAUGUAUUUCCUUAAAUCCUUUCUUUCUGGAGAAUUCAAUACCUCAAAAAACACUAGUAUCACUCUCAUCCCUCCUUGUUGCUGCUUUACAAAAUAUUACAUUAGACAAGCUACACUGCAGCAACCUGUAUGUACAGACAAAGGCUUGGAAACAGCAGCAUGCAAUCUUUUUAUAUUUCUAUUAUCAAAAUAAGUUUAAUUUCACUUUUUUCCUGGGACACGAAGCAUAAUAAUAAACAGAUUAAAGUUUUUGUGAGGAACAAAGAAAGUAGGGGUCAUAUUACGCAACACUGUUACCAAAGUUGUAUAUUCUUCAAAAUAUUAUCAAUACAUGUGAAUUCAGAACAGCGACUCUACCAGCCAUGUGAGCAAUAAACCAUGAAAUUCAUACUUGAUGUGGAAUUCCAGAAAGAAAAGUAAUGGAUGAGGAGUAUCGCUAAUUAAAACUCAAAUCUGUAGAUAUAAGAAGAUGAGAUCCCUUUUCAAAUUCAACUUAUGAUCUUACUGUCUCGGUAAAAUGUGCUUUAUCAAAAGGCACUCAUAAUUUUGGGGAGGGUGAUGAAGAGCAUCGAGUCACAAAGUUAAUUUCGGACUCUGGUUUGAAAAUGAAGAUUUGGAGGGAGACAGCUGUGCCAGUGGAUGCAUUAUUUAUUUCAACCAAUGCCAUUCUUUCAUCUCUCUUUACUGAGAGCAACAUGGCCUAUCUAGUCUCAUAAUAAUGCCCAUCUUCUGUUACACUUCCCAACAUGAAGUUGGUUUGUAACUAGUUGACAGAUUUGCUGGAGGAAGAACUGUGACCACAACAGAGAGCAGGAUGAGAGAGGGAGGCACAGCCAUCAAACGUAGCUGGGCACCUACAACAUGAAUCUGUGUGCGUGUGGGCUAGGAGGAGGAAGCUCACUGUGAUGAUAGAAAGGUUGACAUUGUGGGUUUGUGGAGCAGAUGCACCAGUGUGCGUAACACAUUUGUUUGUGUUCCUGAUUCACUGGAGUUAAAACGGUGUGUGGGUGGGUCUGUCUUGUUAAAGGAUUCAUCAGAGAGAGUGCUGGUUUGUGUUUGUCAUUCUUGCGCUAACAAGGUUGUUUUCAGCAGUAUUUGCAAACUGCAUACCCAUUUUGUGUGUGUUUGGAGCGAAGGUUUACACACCGGCUCUGUGGAUGGAUAAUUGUGAAUGUGUUAAAGCUCCCUUGGUGAUGCAUGAGGAGCUUCUGCAGCCUCAUUUAUCUCUGCUGAGAGCUAAUAAUGAGGCAGAAGAUUACAUUUAUUUUUACAGUGUUUUAGUUCGAGGGGUAGAUUUAGGCCUUCGAGCCAUUAAGUAUGUUGUGUAUUUGAUGUUACAUGAUGUUUUUUUGUACUUUGAUGUCAGACGUAAAAAAAAAAACUAAUGAUUUGCCUUCACUCUCACUGCUGUCCACAUUUAGCUCCAGUAUUAUCCCCAAGAAUCAUGUUCACUUGGCAGAUAUAGUUGCUCUGUCUCACCGUCUGUAUGUACAGUACACACACACACACACACACACACACACACACACACACACACACACAUUAGGAUUUUAAUCAGAGCAUCAGCAGGCAGUAGGAGGCAGAGCACUUGCUGCCUCACUCACUGAAAUCUCCAGUAUUGGUGCGAGCGCUGAGCCUGCCUGUUGGCACCAGCGGCUCCGCACAAACUCCCAGAGAUGGAAGCAGAGCAAAGCGUUUCACUCUGCCUCCCUGCACAGCUGCUGCACUGCGUUCACCUGAAAACUUUGAGGCAUUAGUGGAAUUGAGGUAGGCUUGUUUUCUCUCGUUUUUCCUCCUCACGUCUCUGUAUUUGUCUCUUUCAUCAUCCCAUCCCUUGUUUACCUCUCCCGCUCACCCCCUCACCUCCUUUCAUUUUCUUUCCUCGAUUGAAUCCCUCACUUUUACCACCUUUAGCCACCCACUCCUCUGCUCUCGCUUCAUUCCUCUCCUCUGUUUCUCUUUAUUCUACCCACCUCCUCCAUCGCCUCCUCUUGUUACAGUUAGUUUUUGGUGCAGCACGAUGCUGAACAGUAAUCACUCAGCUGCGGCAACAAGUUCCUUCAUCUCUUUUAAACUCAAGUUAAAGAUUAUUGAUCUGUUGAUUUGUAAAAUAAUUACCUUGUUGGAGUUUUGUAAUAGAGUUUAUGUGUUUGUUUUUAUUGAUGGGAAGGAGAAGUAAUCAUUAAGUCACUUUUAUUCAAUUUGAGAGCAUUAUAGCUGGAUUGUCCCUCAAUGAAGAGAAGAUAUCAGCUUUUCUUGUGCUUUCUUGUUUGAUCUUUGUAAUAGUUUACAUGUGUCCAGAUUGGGAAUAAGCACAUAAAAGAGUUUGAUAUGAACAUCCAGUCUUUUACGUGAGAUAAGAGAAGAGUUGUGUUUUUCUUUUAUACAGUGAAACAAAUCAAAGCCAGGCAGAGGAAGUCUGUAAAAAUAGUGGUUAUUGUAACUUUUUAACACUGACGUAACAGCAUUUUAUCUGAUAAAAGGAGAAAAUUAGAUUUAGGAUGACGGCAUUUUUAUUUCCCCCUUUAUAUUUUAUUUUAUCUGCAGACAAAAUGUUAAAUUUUUUGCCGAGAAAAAGAGAUGAUUCAAGUUUUGGUUGCUGCCUAGUUGUUCUCAUAUUCCAUGAAGGAAUUUUUUAAUCCUUCUUUGCAGAAAUCUCAUCAUUAAAUUUUAAAUACUAUGCAGAGUCAUAUUGAUUUUGAAGUGUAAAUCACUGAUUUGGUGUUAUGUAAUUUAGUUAAGUCAGAGCCACAUUGCUGCAACACAAGAUUUCAACAACUAGACGAGCGAGACGCUUGUUUUCCUGGGUGGAUUACUGCAGAUCGGGGAGGAACACAUUAAAUACAGCCGUUCUAGGGAGGAUUACCAAGACUCAUUUACUUUAUCCUAACUGCUCUCUCUUAAGGCUUCUUCUGCUUUCCCAAGAUGACUGCAGCGAACACACUCAUGAGGGGUUACUCAUGCUGUUUAAGUAGAAUUUGUAAUCAGAGGCAUUGGGACUUUGCGAAGAGAAACGGUUUGUACGAGCAGAUGAGUCUACCACAGGGAGGGCGAACGGUGUUAGAUGUGACUUUAAAGGGUGGCAUCAUGUAACACUCAGCAGCCGCUCAUGGUUAUCCUCAAGGAAACCAGGGUGUUCCCUGGUGAGUUGAAAGAUGUGCAGGGAAGUUGUCUUUGACCACACACACCCACUCUCAUAAAUCUAGCAGACUGUUUCAUUCCCAUCCUGCAAGUGGAGAGACACCUCUGCCCCUUUCAUCUUAUCAGACACGUGUCUGUGACCCGUCUGCCUCAGUGGUCCUCAACUCCAGAGGACAUCCAGUGAGUCCAAUCAACCCCUCAGCUCUCCACUUCCCUCCCACCGCCAUCCCAGAAAAAUAAGGUCACUUGGAGCCGCUGAUAAAAGUGCUCUCCAUGCUGCCUCUUUAAGACGAGAGCUGCAGAUUGAGCCGGGCAGCUGGAUGGUGAAGGGGAAAACUUGCAUCCAGCUGUCCUGCUGUUCUGGAUUGAAUUCUCCUCGGGGCCACUGGCUCCAGCACGUGCUGCAACACUCAACCUUGUGUCAGCCACUCAGAUUCAUGAGAGGCAGCCAGCCAGUGGGCGGCUGGAAAUGACGUGGGAGAAUCAAGGAGCUUGGACGAUACUGAUGGUGGAAAAGUGUGUAACAAUUAUUUUGCUGUGUUUUUUUUAACCCCCACAGCUCCUACAGCUUCAGAAUAGUCCCUCUCCCACUUAUGACAGUAAAUCAUGUUUUUUCAUAUUAUUAGCCUUUUUCACAUCCCCCUGUCUACCAGACCAUAGGAACCGGUCUUGACAGGUGAAAGUACAUGAAGGACCUUUGGCAACACUUUAUUAUAACUAUCCAUCAUAGAUAAUUAGUAAACUGUUAAUUAAUGAGUUAUUAAUGACUUGAUAAGUGUUUAACAGUUUGUUAAAGAUUCAUAAUGAAACCUUAUAGAUAGUUAAUAUAUCAUAAAUAAACUGUUAGUUAAUGAGUUAUAAAUGACUUGUUAGCUGUAUUGUAAUGAUAUAUAUUUAAUUAGUUAUAGAUCAUGAACAAGCUAUUAGUAAAUUACUUACUAAUGACUUGGUAAGUAUCAGUUAAUAGUUUAUUUAUGUUUAUACAUGUUAUUGGGACGUUAUUCCAAAGUUGCAACUGUUCCUCAUUUACUAACAGUUAAUAAAUGAGGAAUAGUUGCAACUAAUAACGUCCCAAUAAGAUAUGUUAACUAUUAACUGAUACUUAACAAGUCAGUAGUAAGUGAUUUACUAAUAGCUUGUUCAUGAUCUGUUACUAAUUAAAAGGCAUAGUUAUACAUCAUAAACACACAGUUAACAAGUCAUUUAUAACUUAUCAACUAACAGUUUAUUGAUGAUAUAUUAACUCUGUUAGGUUUCAUUAUAAAUCCUUAAACUGCUAAACACUGAACAAGUCAUUUAUAACUCGAGAAUUAACAGUUUACUUAUGAUCUAUUAACUAGUUAUAACAGAUCAAGUCCAGACAAACGUGCAGCAACUAAAUCAAAACAGUCCUCUUUACUGUGUUUGUUGACUAGUUCUUAAAGAGAUAUACUGGGAACAAAAACUUCAGAUACUUAAAAACCUCUUAGUUAUUUGAUAUGAAUGGACCUCAGACUGGACAUCCAGAUGAUGCCUUUUUCAGAGACAGAAUCCCAGCAUUUUGUGGCUGAUGUUGUCUUUCACGGAAACAUAGUUUCUUAGAUUAACAUAACCUGAAGUCACGUCAAAUCCCAGUCUGCAAUGAAGGAACUGAAGUAGUAAAAUAGUGGAGUACAAAGUGGCUUUUAACACAAGUGGAUACAGAAAGAAGUGAAAUGGUGCAUUAAUGCAGUUUUCUGCAAUCUUCUGAUAUCCCAUCAUAGUAUUUACUGUAAUGUAUUUGGUUCAACUUUUUAAGCUGUUCAGUAUUUUUAUUGCAACUGCCACCCACUUUUAUAUGACCCAUAAUUAUGAUUUAAAAGGAUUUAUUAAUGCUGACUCAUUUUUUCUUUAUCCAGGUCAAUCCAGAGCCAACAUGAUCCCACUCAAACAACCUCGAAACAUCAAAGCAUCCAACGACACCCUGGCCUCCAUCGACCUGGACAACCUCGCUGAGCAGCCUGUCCCUAAGGCCACACCCCCACCGCUUCCCAAGAAGGGUGUACCUCGUCCCUGUGCUGAACCCAACCUUGGAAGCAGAGAGCCACACCAAGGAGCCCUGAGACCUCGAGCAGAGGCUAAACCUGGGGGCACCAACCUGAGUGUGGCCAACCCUCUGUACGACUUGGACUGGGAGACGGCCAGUCAGAGCUCCUCUCUGAGCUCUGAGCCUCAUCGAGCUCAUGACCACGAGAGUGGAGACUCCUUAGAGAGACCCUCAGCUGCUACACCUGCCAACAAAGGCCGCCCCACUAACAGCCUGUCCUCUCUGGUUUCCCAACCUGGAUCAGCUGCCUCCAGCACCACUGCAGGUAGAGAGAGGAGGGUCUACCCAAGCACAGAGUCUUUAGCUGGAAGGGGUCGGACAACGGGUCGAGGUGCUGCUGCAGGAGGAGGAGGAGGGGGCUCCAAGGCUCACAGACCUGCUCUUUACAGGGGAUUGGACAGCUGGGAUGAGGUGGUGGGAAGGAUCCGGGGGCUUCACACCGACACACUGCGAAAGCUGGCGACAAAGUGUGAAGACCGGUUCAUGGCCGGCCAGAAGGAUCACUUGAGAUUUGGUACAGACAGCUGGUCUCACUUCAGACUGACCACAGGGAAACCCUGCUGUGAGGCAGGGGAUGCUGUUUACUACACAGCCUCCUACGCCAAGGACCCACUAGUCAACUAUGCCAUCAAGGUGAGAUGUGUUGGUUUGUUGAAAUACCGUUUAUUUUGACCAAAUGUUAUUAUUUGUGAACGCUGGUUUUAGUCCAGUUGUUUCUCCAGACUGAUAGAAUAAUUGGGUUGUUGACCUACUCGUCCCCCUCCGUGUCUCCAUGACCAAAGACUCACACAAACAAGCAAGCAAGCUAGCCCCACAAAAAGGCAGAUUCCUGAUUGGAUUAGUGAGCAGUGACACAUCCUUUCUUGCUCUUACUAUGUCUUGUAAAAAAAGCUCUUAUUGGAUUUCACGUAAGCAUAUCUUAACAAAAGACAUAAUCCCUAAAAAAGCCACAUAGAUGCCUUUUCCAAGACAUUGAGAGCCAUAUGAAGGCUUGUACUGCUUGUACGAGUAAAAAAGAUCUGCCAAUGAGGUGAGCAAAACUUACUUUCAGGUUCUAUGUCUUAAAGAUACAGUGUGUAGAAAUGGGGAUGUUUAGUAGUCAGUAUCUAGACUUAAAAUGUUCCCUGCUCAUUCCUCUUGUUAAUGUAGCAACAGUGGCCAUUCAAGACGCUACGAUGAUACAGGCGCAAAAAGUUAGCAAAAACAAAAAGCUUUUCAUAUUAAGGUGAUAACAAACCAAUUUGUUUAUGAAUAUUAUUUUCUGUUCCAUACCAAAUAUGAUCCACUAAAUGCUGCUCUCUGUACCUUUAAUUCAAGAAACUUCAAAGGUUAGUUUUGCUUAUUCUACCGGUGUAUCUUUUUUACUUAACACAAGAAAGUAAAGCCUUAAUUUAUGGUUUAAAACAUGACACAUAUGAAUUUGAGCAUGGUGUGUGUUAGGUACAAUACAACAUAUAUUUCUUUACUCAAUGAAGUCAGAACCACUUGUGUAGUUCUGAUAUUUUGCAGUGGAGAGCCUUUGGAAGAUAAAAGUAAGUCCAUGAAGUUCAGCAGUACAUUGACCAAGUUUGACCUCUGUGCUCCCACCUCCAAUCUGAGUUUUCACCCACAUUCAGCUGCUGGCUUCAUGCCUGACUAAAAGAGCAGCUGUAUGUGGAUACAAGUUAUUUUUUACACUUUAAUUAAACAGCAUUUUACCAGUUUGAAAUUAGUAGUUUCUAUUUGUCUUGUGUUUUUCCUUUCUGCUCCCUCUGUCUUUAGAUAGAGUUGAGUGUGGUUGUAAGUAUCCUUGCGGUAGAUUUAUGAAGUCUUUGUUUUUAUGUUGAGGAAUCUCCACCCACUCUCUCAACCAAGGUGAAGGAAAUAUUGGCACUUAAACUUUGAGCCUUUAGGGCAAUAAAACCUGUAUGUGCUUGUGUUCUGUUUUGUCUCGUACAUAAUUAUGUGAGGCUUGCAGGUAUGUCUGCGUGUGGUGGAGUGUGUGUGUGUGUGUGUGUGUGUGUGUGUGUGUGUGUGUGUGUGUGUGUCUGAGAUAGAGAGGUGAGGGUCAGGAACAGCUUUCUGUUUCUUCUGAAGUUAAAUACCAAAAAGAUCUGGAUGAGGGUUAUAUUAUUUACAGGAUGUGAAUGUCUGCACUCCACAGCACUUCAAAGCUUUGCUCUCAUAUUAGCAGUGGGCUCAAAAGAAAGUCUGUUUUUGUAUCAUGUUCCUCCAUAAAUAAGACAACCAAGAGCAGCAGAGCACACUCAGGCCCCAACAUCCCAAUUAAACUUUCCCCAACCCCCAUUUUUAAUGUGGCCCAGUUGUUCUGCAGCCUUCUGUAACCCCUCCUUAAGAGUCGUUCAUUCGCUCAAAAAAGAUAUAUUUAAUACUCUGGUGUCUCUAAUGCGGUGCUAAUUAUUCAUAAUCCACCUUUAGCAUGUCUGUGUGAAGUUGUGACUCUCGAAGGAACUCAGGGAGUGAGAUAGUCCGCCUUAAAACUCUAAAAAUACCUCUGUAAUGCCAGCGCUGAAGAAAAGAGGUAACUUCUGUUUGACUUGAAACUUUGAGUGACAACCAGCAAUAGAGUUUACAAAGAAUCUUUUUUACUGUGAAACCUAAAAAAUAUGUCCUUAAAGGGAGUGCAGUAGACAGCUGUGGUUUUAAACCCAACAAGUCUAAACAGACUUUAAGUGAUCAUGUGCAUUCCUGAAGAGUUAAAGAGUGUGUAUAAAGGAAUGUAGAGUUCUUCUCUCAACAUGAGUACCGAACAAACCAUAAGUAAGUAAGUAAGUAAGGUGAGCCAUUUUUCAUAUUUCGGAUCACUAAUAUAUAGCAUGCAAAAAAAAAAGUGGUCUCCUAUGGUCAACUUAUCCUGUGUAUGGGGUAAGUUGACCAUAGGAGCGGGUUCAGUUGAGCCAUACCCCCCCCCACCCCAGCCCUCCCUCACCUUCUCGCUCCCUCAAUAACAGUCACUUCUUCACAUUCAUGUGUAUUUUUAUCUAUUAUACGCUAUUCAACUGGUACAAUAAUUCUUUUUAUUAUUAUUGCAUAUAACAUGAGAAUGUCUUUAAGUGAUUCAGAACAUUCACAGCUGUAUUUUUGGAAAGAGAAAGUAACACAUUUCAACAAUCUGAACUGAAACUCUGAUCCUCUCAUCAGACUCCUUUACUUUCUCAGUUGAGCCUGAACUACUAUGAUGACUUUAUUAGUCCUCUAAGAUAAGAUGGUGGACUUUUAUUCUAGGUUUUUGACCUCAUGUUGUAGCUCAUAGAUACCACAAUUGAUGUAUAAAACAAAUUUAAAAUGAUCUUUUUUGUUCUGGACACAAUUCUAAUAAAACUUAUGACAGACUAAAUUCACUUUCAAGAGUGAAAAAAGGUUUUUUUGUAAAUAAAUGUCUAACCCCUUCACCCAUGUGCUUCUAACCUUCACAGACUCCAUGAAUUGAUGUCCAUCUCCUAAAUAUUUGGUCACAUGAUCAAUUUCUUUUACCAUUUCCAAUCAACAGGGAGUGGCUCAAAUUACCCUUUGGCUCAACUUACCCCACUCUCCCCUAGGCAUUUCUAUUUAUAUGACCCACUAAACCAUUCAAAACCAGGCCCCUGACACUCAGUAUGUUUACAUGAUAUUAAGAAAAGCGAAUCAUAACGUUACUCUGACUAAAACUGCAAUUCUAAAAAAUCAUGUUUGCAAGUUGAACUGACUGAAAUGCAGCUGAAUUUUUGGAAGUCAGACAUAGAUACUUAAAUAGUGCAGUUUAGGAUCCAUUUCCUUUAGAAUGUAUUUAUAUCAAUCAGCCUCAGACUGGCCUAAGUGAGCUGCACAUACACCACAAUUUGUAUGCCAGACUUUGACCCUGAAGUCUAAUAGCGUAAAUGCGUAGGAGGAAGCUUGAUAGUAAACAAAACCUCAUCAGAAUAAGGAGAUAGAAUGAACAAGACAAAGCUAUUAUGAGGCCAGUAUGGUCAACUCUUAAUGGGAUAAGGUGAAACUGUUUUUAAAAGCAAAAAUAUCACUUUAAUAUGCUGUGACAUCUUCCCUUUUGUUUGUAUUUCAGUGAUAGCUCAGUCUGCAGAGAGCGACCCAUCCUUUACUUGGCCUCUUUUCUCAUAACUGUGAUCAAAGUGUUGAAAGAAGGAGAGCUGAGGAGGCUGCCACUGUUGAUCAGCGCAGAGACAGUCUCACAGCUGUCUCUGACUGUCGAGAGACUGUCCUAUUGAUGCUCUAAGCUGCAAAAUAUUCGAGAGAAAGAGAACAAUACGAUCUUUUAGAAAAUCUAUGAUCGUUGGGAUUCUGUGCAGAUCCUCUGUUAAAAGUUUGUUUUUUAUUUCUGAUGUUACACCAUGUUGCAGUCUCCCAUAGCAGUCAAGAGAGUUUUUGCAAUUAAAAAGAGAAAUGCUAAAUUUUAAAGAAGCACAAAAACCAGCUCUCGUCACUAUAAAGGAUGAAAUGCCAUCUCAUUAUGAGGUCCUUCAGAGGUCUGAUAUCGGGUAGUUUCUGACCUUUCUUGUAACUCUGAAACUGAUGAUACUCGACAUUCAGAGGCACUUCAAAAAGUGAUUAGCCAGCCAGGCUGAGGUGAGAAAGGAUCCAAGUGUUUCAACACCUCUCUUUAACUGUUUUUUCAUCUUUUCACAAUAGUCUGUCUGACACGUCUCAUCUGAACAACAGUGUGCCACAAUACAAAUGUCUUCAGAGGAGAAUGUUAAAAAUGGGCCUUUUUCUUGUGGCGCACUGUCUCCUGUUACACUCAGACAUCCCCUCACAGUCCCUAAACCAUUGUCGCUACUUUGGAGGCAAAUUUUGAAGCAGGUGUCAUAAUAAAGCUUCAUUUUUUAAAACAGAGACAAGCAAGGAUAGGAGUGAAGGAGGUCCUCUUGGGGACCACUUUAAUCUAUGCAUUUUUGACACCCCAGUGAUAUUUUCUGGAAGAAUACACUCUUCAACAAAUCUCACAUAUAAAUCGUCUAACUUUUUGUGCACCUUUUUGCCGAGAUGCUCAUCAGUUUCUCACGCCUGCAGUCAGGGGACUUAAAUCCUAACGAGAACAAGGCAAAAUGUGAAAUGAAUGCUUCUUUUUUUUCUUCUUAUCUACUCUGCCUUCUUGACUAUAAGGAAGCCUUGAGGGAAAUUUGAGUGGGAUUCAUGGCUUUGUCUGAGAGGGAGAAGUAGGAGGGGACGGGGCUGUUUACCCCCCAUGUGCCUCCAGAAACACCUGACAGAGAUUUGAACUCUACUGAGAGCACAGUGUGGUUUGAAACAGCUUCUGUAUCACUAAGGAGCCUUAUGGGAGUAUCAUGGGUUAGAUUUUUUGAUGUAAUACUUUUGGUUAGUGUCUCUUUAUGGUCUGUUUAUGGGAUGGAUUUCUUCUGACCUGACAUUGAUGUCGUUAUUCUCUUUAUUUCAUUUGUUCUCUCCAGAUCUGUCGCAGUAAAGUGAAAGAGACCCAGCAGCAGUUUUUCCACAGCCUCGCAGUCAGACAGAGCCUGGCUCUGAACUUCAACAUCCAACAAGACUGUGGACACUUCCUAGCUGAUGUCCCCACCCGCCUGCUCCCCUGGGAAGAGGAGGAGGAAGAAGAAGAUGAGGAGGAGGAAGAGGAGGAGGUAGAAGAUGUGAACAGGUCAAAGGGAAAAGAGAUUAAGACUGAAACCAAGACGACAGACUCAAAAGCUUCAAAUGGUAAACUAGAUGAAACCCCCACAGAGGGUCAUAUGAACACAACAGGCCGUUUAAAGAACAGAGUGGUGGUCAUCACCCGGGAGGUACCGUUUCAAACCGUGGCUGACUUUGUCCGAGAAGGCGUGUCGAGACACACUCAUAACCCAGAGCUGUACGAGCGUCAGGUGUGUCUGCUGCUGCUGCAGCUGUGCUCCGGCCUGGAGCACAUGAAACCUUAUCACGUGACCCACUGUGACCUGCGCCUGGAAAACCUGCUCCUCGUCCACUGCCAUCCCGGCAACCCCUGGAAUCUGGAUGUUCUUGAGCCCAACAACAACAGCAACAGCAGCUCUGGUGCUACGUCUGCCAGUGCUGCUGCAGCCGCUGCCAACGCCACCUGCCCCGCUCGCCUCAUCAUCAGUAACUUCUCCCAAGCAAAGCAAAAGACCACUCUCAUGACCGCUGAUCCAGGUACGCUCCGAGACCAGUCACGCCUUGCACCUGAGAUCGUCACAGCGACUCAGUACAGGAAGUGUGACGAGUUCCAGACUGGGAUUCUCAUCUAUGAGAUGCUGCACAGGCCGAACCCCUUUGAGGAGACGCCAGAGCUGAAGGAGCGAGAGUACACGUGGGCAGAUCUCCCCUCCCUGCCGGUCAGAUCUCUAUAUUCACAAGGUCUGCAGCAGCUCGCCAGAUUGCUGCUCACUGUCAACCCCUCUGAAAGGAUCCGGAUAUCUGAGGCGCGGGCCUGCCUGCAGUGCCUGCUGUGGGGCCCUCGUGAGGACUUGUUCCAGGCGCUGGGCUGCAGCAGCACAGGCCCCAUGUCAGGAGCCACAUCCAGCCAGCGCGAGGCCACCCUCCAGAACUGGCUGGACCUGAAACGGACACUGAUGAUGAUCAAGUUUGCAGAGCGCUCCAUGGACUCGGCUUGUGGUGUCAGUCUGGAGGACUGGCUGUGCUGCCAGUACCUAGCAUUCGCCACCACUGACACCCUGAGCCGGGUGGUGCACAUCCUGCAGCAGCCCCACCCUCAUCCUCAGUCCCAGAACCAGAGCCAGCCAGCGCACACAGCACAGAACCAAACACACCAAGCACACACCCUCCACCUGACUCAAUCACAGCCUCUUUGA